AUGGACAGCGUGAACAUGGCCAUCUUGCUUCUCCUCCUGGCUCUCAUCUGUCUGUUCCUGACCUUGAACUCCAGAGGCAAGAGCCACCUGCCUCCAGGACCCACGCCUCUACCCAUCCUGGGGAACCUACUGCAACUUCGCUCCCAGGACUUGGUGACAUCCCUCACCAAGCUGAGUAAGGAGUACGGCUCUGUGUACACGGUCCACCUGGGGCCCAGGCGGGUGGUGGUCCUCAGCGGGUUCCAGACGGUGAAGGAGGCGCUUGUGGACCAAGCGGAGAGUUUCAGCGGCCGCGGUGACUACCCUGUGUUCUUCAACUUCACCAAGGGCAACGGCAUCGCCUUCUCCAACGGGGAGCGGUGGAAGGUGCUGCGAAAGUUCUCCAUCCAGAUUCUCCGGAACUUCGGCAUGGGAAAGCGCAGCAUCGAGGAGAGGAUCCUGGAGGAAAGCAGGUUCCUGUUGGAGUCGCUGCGGAAAACCGAAGGGCAGCCCUUCGACCCCGUGUUUGUCAUCAGCCGCUCCGUGUCCAACAUCAUCUGCUCGGUGCUCUUCGGCAGUCGCUUCGACUACAGCGACGAGCGUCUGCUCACCAUCAUCCGGUUCAUCAACGACAACUUCCAGAUCAUGAGCAGCCCCUGGGGCGAGAUGUACAACAUCUUCCCAAGUCUCCUGGACUGGCUACCUGGGCCUCACCGACGUCUGUUCAGGAACUUCAGGGGCAUGAAAGCUCUCAUCGCCCGCAGCGUCCGCGAACACCAGGCCUCCAUAGACCCCAGCUCUCCCCGGGACUUCAUUGAUUGUUUCCUCACAAAGAUGGCCCAGGAGAAGCAGGACCCGCUGAGCCACUUCCAAAUGGACACCUUGCUGAUGACCACACAUAACCUGCUCUUCGGAGGCACGGAGACCGUGGGCACCACGCUCCGCCACGCGUUCCUCGUGCUCAUGAAGUACCCGAAAAUUCAAGCCCGCGUGCAAGAGGAGAUCGACCGCGUGGUGGGGCGCUCGCGGCAGCCGUCGCUGGAGGACCGCCCGGCCAUGCCUUACACAGACGCGGUGAUCCACGAGGUGCAGCGCUUCGCAGACAUCAUCCCCAUGAACCUGCCGCACCGGGUCAUCCGGGACACGGCUUUCCGAGGCUUCCUGAUACCCAAGGGCACCGACGUCAUCACGCUCCUCAACACUGUGCACUCUGACCCCAGCCAGUUCCUGACGCCCCGCGAGUUCAACCCCAAUCAUUUCCUCGAUGCCAAUCAGUCCUUCAAGAAGAGCCCCGCCUUCAUGCCAUUCUCAGCUGGACGUCGCCUGUGUCUGGGAGAGUCACUGGCCCGCAUGGAGCUCUUUCUGUUCCUAGCCUCCAUCCUGCAGAACUUCACGCUGCACUCGCUGGUGGCGCCCGAGGACAUCGACCUCAGUCCCCUCAGCACCGGGCUGGGCAACGUGCCGCGGCCUUUCCAACUGUGUCUGCGCCAGCGCUGA